AUGGUCAAUGUAAUUAAAGGGGUACUGGUAAAAUGUGAUCCUGCCAUGAAACAAUUUCUUAUUCACCUAUCUGAAAACCUUACUAUUGGAACACGGUUUGUCCUGACGGAUCUAGAUGAUUGUCACUUAUUUAUUGACCCUGAAGUUCUUCCUCGGCUGCAAGCUAAAAUUGAUGAUCUAAUGGAGAAGUUGUCAUUUCCUAUUAUUACUGAAGACGAAUAA